AGUACUCCGGUACACCAGCGGCAACAAUAACGUUUAUAUUUUUUCGUUUGUAACUAAAUACUUUUUGGUUUUCCCACUGUAUACGAUAGAGAGAGAGAGGGAGAGUUGCGGUGAUCUUGAAUGGGGUCUGAGUGUCUGCUUGUCAUAUUACUGAUCAGAAGGGGGGGAUGAGGGUCACGCGCGUCACUGACCUGCCAGAAUUUAUUUUUUGGGGGGAUGAUUGAAUUUCGGGAGCAUUUGUCGCUUUGAUUCGUUGGUUUCAAUUUGCUUUCGUAUUUUUUUUUAUCUAUGGGGAAUUGAUUGCGGGGGGCUACGGUGUUGUGUGAUGGUGUGGCGAUUCUGGGGCUAUUGUUCAAUUAUCUGAGGAGGAAUUGCAGGGUUUUCAGGGGUGAGGAAAUUCGACUCGUGAUUAACAGGAGAAUCAAUCUUGGCGGAAUUGUGGACAUGGUGAGGGGGCAUGUUGGUGUACCGGCGGUUGCUGAUCGCAGCCGCACUAGCGGCAUUAUCAUCAGUCAUAAGUACCCCAGCCACUGCUAGCUUUCAAGACACCUCUGGGUACUCAAUCUACCCAGGCUUCACAGUAUUCUCUGGUGCAACAACAGUUACCGGUACAUCAACAACAGUGGUAUCAACAACAAUCGGAUGUCGUCCAUCCGAGUAUCGUUGCGACGACGGACGCUGUGUCGCACAAGACAAAUUCUGCGACGGCGAGGACGACUGCGCAGACAAAUCUGACGAGCCGAGAUACUGCACACCCUGCAAUAGGACAUUGUAUGGUGACGUUGGGAGGACGUAUGAGGUUGAAGUCAGACGUCCCCGGGAGGACAGACUGCCAUUCCUUUGCUACCUGAAUUUCACGGCUGCUGGAGAUGAUCUUGGGGAUUUAGUUCAGUUAACAUUUGACACAUUCACCGUCGGAAGAUUUCUCUCCUUCACGAAUGAAGGAUGUCCAGAUGGUUUCAUGACAAUUCGCGAGAAGGGAAGACCGGCAACUGGUGGCCAGUGGUGUGGAAGUGCUUGGGGAUACACAGUAUACUACAGUGAAACACCUUCCAUUAAUCUCACCUUAUUUCUCGCCAGAUUAUCUGAACAGGGCAUCGGAUACAAUUUUGACUUCAAACUGUCAUACAAAUUUCUCAAACGUAGCGAAGCACAUUUACGAUACGGAAACAGUACAAUGGCAACGUGGCGUGGUGAAUUGGUAAACGGUACAUACUGCGACCGAGUACUCACCAGAUGUGACACGCGAGCGUGUCGUCUUCAAUCACCGAAUUAUCCUGGUGUUUAUCCACGUAAUGUUACUUGCUACUAUCGAGUUGAGCAUAAUCGUGCACCACCUGGUCAUCGUGCAUUGCUGGCCGUUAGUCAACGGAAUAGCCAUAAGAUACACAUCAAAGAUCAGGUUGUCAAGUAUGACAGGAGCCAGAGAAUCCUCAGGGUGUGGGAUCAGUGUAACGUUGUUCAAGAUUAUCUCACAGUUUACGAUGGUGGCUCAACAACGGACCGAGUCCUAGUAAGAUUAUGCGGUGGCGAUGCUGUACCCGACAUAGUAAGCAGCCGUAACACAAUGCUCCUUGAAUUCCACACAUCCCCCUAUGACAAUCCAUUUCACCCAGUACCCCUGUCAUUUCUCCCUGGUUUUGAGCUUGAAGUACAAGUGUUAUUCGUCGACGAGAAAUCCCGAACAUUCGUCAAAGAAAAUGCCAACUGUGACUUUCACAUAACGAGUUACGAGAGUCAAUCGGGAAUUCUUGAAAAUCCAAAGCACUCAUUGCCCCCAAAUACAACGUGUCGUUACCACUUUCAAGGUAAACCCAACGAAAUAGUGUGGAUAUCCUUCAUCAAAUAUUACGCAUCCAGUACAGAUCCAGCAGCAAGUAUUGACUCAGGAAACGAGUGCAAUGCUAAAUUAUUAAUUUGGGAUGGAAAUCCCUCAAGAGCAUUGGAAACGAGUAAGAAGCACUCGCGAAAGGCAAGAUUAAUGGGCCAAUUUUGUAAGGACGACAUUCCCCUAUUGUGCGACCACAGUCUUCUGAGGAACAGCAGUAGACACACGAGACCCUGCAGUCUCUCCGAGAGCUACGUAUCCACAUCCCGUGAUUUAACCCUUGAGCACAUACUUCGUCAGGGCAGUGCCCUAUAUCCAAUCUCCUUUGUCCUUCGUUACGAAUUCGUUCAUGACUCAAUGUCCUGCCACCUAGUAUUCUCCGCAUCCUCAACGCCGACACCUCAGUCACCAGGACAAUCCACUCAGUCUAAAAAGUCCUCGAUCUCUGGUAAAUUUACAUCGCCAAAGAGUGUAUUUUUCUACGGACGUGGAGGAUCACAGAAUCUCAGCUGUGUGUACAGAUUCGAGGCCGAGGCUAACCAGCGAAUUGAGAUAACAGUGUCGAGAGCUUCAUUCGGCGAUAAAGUUUGCAUGUCUUACGUCGAUCCACUUGUCAAUCGAUGGGCAUGCGACAGGCGAAUUGCUGAUGAGAAUAAGAAAGGAUACGCUGAGCUUGUUGUCUCCGAGUAUCCGUGGAAUGGUGUUAAACUUUAUCGCGAUUGCUUGUGCUCAAAUGUCACUGAGAGUGGAAUAGCCCUGACUUCAUUGACAUCGAGCAUUGUUGAGCUCAAGUUUACCGUUACGAGGAUGAAUGUCACCCAGGAUUACGAUGAUUUUUUCUUCGAGGGGGAGUAUCAGUUUGUUGAUAGCAGUGAGGCGAGCGAGCAGAGCUGUCCGUCGAGCUUCGAGGAGAGAAGACUUGGGGGUACGAGUGGUGAGAUAUCAUUGAGAAGUCCAAUGUCAAAUAGACUCGAGCACGACGAUAGUGUGAUUGAUGUGGCUGCUAUUGAGGAGGUCCUUCAGCGUGCCAACAGCGAUAAUUCCGAGGAUGUCACGUCGACACAGUGUGUCAACGAACCUUGGCUCAUUGAACCUGAAGAUCCCCGGAUUCAUUUUAUCUAUCUGAGAACAACUGGAUUCGCUAUUAAUGACGACAAUGUCGAGGAUUGCAGUACGUUGAAUCGGAUUAUUGUGUAUUCUGCUGGUAAUACCAGGGAGAGGAGUGUUAUUUGUCCGGAGAGCGGGACUGAUGUGGGAAAGAAGAUCAAGACUGUGGACUUUUUCUCGGGGGGAUGGAAUUACUCGAGUGUGGCCAAUGCCAGUGGAAUUGGGGCGAUGAUGCAGCAUGCGAGGAGCUUUGUUGUGGAGUUUCUGCAGAGGGAGCAUGGCUCUUACGCUGUUACGUGGAUUGCUAUUGCCAAGAGGGGGACGCUGCAGGGUGGCUCUGCGGGGGGUGUGGCUGCUGGGGCACCGCAUGAACAAUGCCCGUACAGAUGCCCAGAGAUUCAAGCAUGCAUAAGCGCAGUCCUCUGGUGUGACGGUGUCCGUCACUGCCCAUCAGGCUUCGACGAGGAGGAGGAGAACUGUUCCUACCGUUUUGGAGUGACCCUUCUGUACGUAGCCAUCGGCGCUGGUGCCUUGGGUAUCUUCCUGAUUCUCCUCCUCGCAACUGGUUGCCUAAAAUACUGCAUAUACCGUCACAAAACCCGGAAGAAGAAGAAAAAUGUGGCAAUGAAUGUCAAUCAUCUUCAAGUGAAUCACACCCAUCAGCAUCACAAUAAUGGUUUAACCAGUAGUAGAAUGGGGGGUCGAUACAGUAUCGGCACACCCCAAGACAUGUACGUGGAUAAUUACGGCAAGGACAGUAUUUGUUGACAAUACGCCAUAGCUGACAUAGAGACGACCGUUUGACAAGGACGAAAAAUUCAAUUUCAUCCUUGAAAAUGUCACGUGAGAAUUUUUUAAUCAAUUUAUUAUAAUGAAUGGAUUGAGUAAUGAUGCAGUCAAGGGGUGACAAUUAUCCAUGCAGAGAUGAGCAAUAAAUAUCUGUUACCCGAACAACUGCUCAAAUAUAAUUUGUACAAAUAAUGUACAAAAAUACUCAUGACGUGUGCGUGAUGAAUUCACUUCAUUUUUCCACGUAUUUUAAAUAAUUAUAGGUGAUUGUAACGAUCGAGUCAUGCGAAAAAUUAAUCUCUUUUUUAUUGCAAAUGAGGUCCACAUUAUCGUGCCAAAUAGUCAUUCACGAGUGAUCAUUGUUAGCAUGAGGCAACAAUUCUUUUUUUUUAUUCAUAACGAUUUUUAAUAUAAACUCAAUAAGUAGGAUUAGACUCAGCUGGGCUGUGUGGAGAGAGGGUGUGAGGGAGAUGUGUCCGUAAGCCGCGUACUCAUGCCAAAGAUUAUCAUGGGGAGAAGCACUGGCUCAACUGUCGCACAAGAAACUUGAACUGCUCAAAUUGGGGUACUUCCUGAGGGGAAGUGACUAGGGUUUUUGCGCGGUUCUCACGUGUUGGGAAUUAUUUCGGGAGUGGGUGGCUUUGGGAAAUUGUCGAGAGACAUUUUUGCGGGAAAUUUCCGCAGUUACAAAAAGGCUUUUUCGAUGUUCUCUCCUGAGACCAAUCAUUCUCGAGGUAAACGUGGCUGCACGGAGAAAAAUGUUGAGGGAAAAUUACUGGAAAUGGCAAGUAAUCGUGGAGUGAUAAAAUGAAUAAA